AUGACUGUUGCUGUCCUAUCAGAAGUUCGUUCAUUCUUGACCAUGUCUGCUGCUGAAGAAGCCACCAAGGAAGUGGAUCUUGACCUCGCCCUUCAAGUUGCGAUCGAAGGGGCGAAGGGAGCAGGAGGGCUGAUCCUGAAGAGCUUUAGGAAGGAUGUUGUGAACAAGAAGAAGUCUCUGACUGAUCCUGUGACGGAGGUCGAUCUCGCUUGCGAGGACCUCCUCCGGGCCCUCAUUGCCAAACAUUUCCCGACGCACAAGUUUCUAGGUGAAGAAUCGUUCGAGGGCAGUUACAACCUUAGCGACGAUCCCACUUGGGUUGUGGACCCUAUCGACGGGACUGCAAAUUUCGUGCAUGGACUGCAGUGGACUUGUGUCAGUGUUGCACUUGUCGUGGAUAAGAUGCCAAUGGUGGGCGUUGUGUUCAAUCCAGUCACCCAGGAGAUGUACAAGGCUGUCCGCGGCAAAGGAGCCUUCAUGAACGACGAGAAGAUCUCUCCCUCCCAGGUCGAGGACAUGCCUUCUGCUUGCAUCUGCACGGAGUUCGGGGCGAACAGAGACCCUGAGGUCGUGCAGAAGAAGGUGGACAUUAUGCACAAGGUCAUUCAGAGCCCAGUCCAGGCGCUCCGUUGUCUUGGCUCCUGUGCCCUGAACAUGUGCGCGGUCGCUUCUGGGAACGUGGAUGGUUACUACGAAUGGGGGAUGCAUCCUUGGGAUGUCGCAGCUGCCUUCUUGAUCUGCACAGAGGCAGGAGCAGUGGUCACUGAUCUGGAUGGAUCAGCCUUCAGCAUCACAGCCCGACGGACACUGGUGGCCAAUGCAAAAAUUCAACCGCAGCUCAAGAAGAUCAUCAUGGAUGCUGGGGCACCGAUGCAGCCUUCGGUCAACUGA